AUGAUGGCUUUGGUGACGGUGCUCUUUGUGUUACCCAUGGCGCAGGUGGCGACUGCUUUUCGCCAUGAGGCGGUGGGGGAAGACAGCAGCCACAUCUGUUGGCAAAAGUGUUGCUCUUCCAAGUGCGGCAAUACAAGCUUUCAUCUCCCAGGCGAUUUGGCGAGACAAGUCGAGUUACAUGAUUGCGUGGUGAAGCUGCACGAGCCUCAAUACCAUGCGGGAGACGCUUUUUGCGAGGAGACUUGCACAAUCUUCGCCUCUGAGGGGGCGAAAACCAUCCAAGUUGAGCGGAAGAGUGGGAAAGGAGAACAGCAGUGCAAACUGCAGUCGCCCGUGGACGGCCUCUGCCAACACCAAUGCUGUCAUGCCAAGUGCACGGAUGAAGCCUACGAGCUGAAUGGCACAUGGCAACUCCAAGAUUGUUCCCUGGUCGGUCGUUAUGAGCAGGGCUGCGAGGAGAAGUGUACAGUGGUACACUCUGGAAAGCCUCAGCAUGUCCAGGUCCUCCGACGGAGUGGGCCUGGCUCACCGCUCUGCAUUCCCCAGGAAUCCCCGGAACAAGUGGCCGCAGACUUUAUCGAGCAGCUCGAGAAGGGACCGCUCCGUGAUGGCUGGUACAUCGGCAAGCGUGGUGGUGUACAGUGGCCUAAAGUGAAGAAAUUCCUGAAGCUCGGCAAGGCGGCGGUCACUGACGAGCAUCGCAGGCACGGAUUUUCCCGAGAGGUCUCUGGCGAGGUCAAAGAUGUUGCCAUCAUCGGAGAUCUUCACGGCCAGCUCUUCAACCUUAUCGCUUACUUGGUGGAAAUCAAGAAAGCAUAUCAGGAGAAGGGUUACAGCAGCCUGGAUGGAUCAUCACUGCUCGUCUGUGACCCGCGCAUGCAGUACAUCUUCCUGGGCGACUAUUUAGAUCGGGGUGAGAGAGCAGUCGAAUUGCUUCUGCUUCUUCUCGCCUACAAGGCCAGAGGUUGCCUCAACCUUAAAGCUUGGAUACUGCCCCCACUCAGCAACAGUUGGAUAAUACUCAUAAUCUAG